AUGCCUGUGGAGAGAUCAGAGCAAACACCUGGAUGUUUCACCGAGGGAUUCAGCACAGUAACACCGUGUCAGUCCCCGUCGCUCCCCGUGUGUGUUUGGGUUAUUGUUCGUGUGCUGGUCCCACGGCUGGAGGAGGGGACUGCGGGCAGAGCGAGCUCUCUGCGGCGGCGGCGGCGGCUGGAUUCUCCGCAGUGUCGGAGCCAAGCGGCCAAACGGAGCACCAUGUCCAGACAGCAGCAGCAGCCGCACCGGCCUCCCAUCCGAGUCCACGACAGCCUGGUGGAGGUCAAAAGCAAAUUUGACGCAGAAUAUCGGAGGUUUGCUCUUAAGAGGGAUGGCCCCGGAGGCUUCCAGGAGUUCUACCGGCUGCUCCAAACUAUCCACCGCAUCCCAGGAGUGGAUGUAAUACUGGGCUAUGCUGAUGUGCAUGGGGAUCUCCUGCCAAUCAACAAUGAUGACAACUUCCACAAGGCAGUCUCCUCAGCCAAUCCACUGCUCCGAAUCAUCAUCACUAAAAAAGAGGACGAGCCGGUGGUUUUUGGCACUAAUUCUCUGCAGAGGCGUAAAAAGGGCCUGGGUCUGACGGGACUCAGGACCACAGGGUCAGGCUCCACUCACAGGAGCAAACAGGCGCUGCUCAUCGGCAUGCCCCAGAACUUCAGACAGAUCUCCUCCAUUAUCGAUGUGGACAUCCUGCCCGAGACGCACCGGCGUGUCCGACUGCAUAAGCAUGGCUCUCACAAACCCCUGGGCUUCUACAUCCGGGACGGGGUCAGCGUCAGGGUCACUCCGCAGGGAGUGGAGAAGGUCCCGGGGGUUUUCAUCUCCCGUUUGGUGAGAGGAGGACUGGCUGAGAGCACAGGACUCCUGGGAGUCAAUGAUGAAAUCCUGGAGGUCAACGGUAUCGAUGUAGCAGGGAAAUCACUGGACCAGGUCACAGACAUGAUGGUAGCUAACAGUCACAACCUCAUAGUGACAGUGAAGCCGGCGAAUCAGAGGAACAACGUGGUCCAUCGUGGCAGCAAGAACUCAAUGGGAAAUUCGGGGUCUGUGGGCUCAGCUGGAUCUGUGGGGUCUGCUCUGUCACAUGACUCUCCAAGCCCCGCCUCCCAAAGCAACCCCAUCACAGCAAGCAACAGUAUCGUGGAAGGUGACAGCGAGGAGGAGGAUGAUGAAGACAGAGACCUCAUUUUGGAGAACGACAUUUUGCCCUAUCACCCCCAACACAGCAACAACCUGAACCUGAGCAGGGACUCUGCCAACGGCCGGCUCAACAAUAACACAGGAGCCAGGGGCCUCCCUCAGAGCAUCUCUUUACCCAGCGGCAUCGGAGCAUCACUCAGCAACAGUGCCACACUGUUGACUAACCAUAACCAAAAUCCUGCCCAUGCCGCCAGCUCCAGUCAGGACAUGAGAGAAGACGGCAACAUCAUCACUUUGUAGCUAUUACUGAACUUACAGUGGCAAUGGGAACACUAUCCUAGUGUGGACCACUAAAUGUAACAUGGAGACUGGUUAUAGAUUUUUCAAAAUCACAAGAGCCUUUCUGGUUAAGAAUUGCCUUUCUUGUGAUAAACAAUUUUAGGAGAUACAAUUUAAAAUUGUAUGGCAUUAACACUGAAAUCUGUGGAAGAGUACGACAUAUCUUUGCCUGAAGACCACUGGGAGAACAUGUCCCUGGUCUCACAUUGACUUUGUGCAGCUGGGGUCUGUCAUUUUGGUCUAAAACACAGAAUAUUAUACAGUUUAAAUACGUGUAUUAAUUUAUAGGCCUACCUAUUGAAAAGCUGUUGUCAAGUUACACUGCAAAAUGCAGUGAGAUUAAUUAGAAUUAUUCAUAUUGUAUUUCACACUGUAUUUCAGUUGUUGCUUAAGUGCAAAUACUGUAUAAUUUGCUUGCUAUUGCAUUAGGUUAGCCAAAUUCAUGUUGCGUUCAUUAGCGUAUGAAUAGCAUUCAACAUUAGACUUGCGUAUGUGUCAAAUUGUUAAAAUUUUACUUUAGAUCUUUUUAACUUAUUUUGUAUUAAUCAAAGACCAAAAUGACCACAAAAUCUUCUGUUCACUGCAAGUCAACUGAGAUCUGCGGACAUCGGGUGUGUGUGUGUCUCCAGCUGGACUCCUGCACAAGCCAUACGAUAAUGUGAUGUCAUUACAGAGCCUGCACCAUCUCCAUCAGACAUCAUUAACCCCCUGGCACUCGGGGGAGCAACCAGGAGCCACCCGGGGCCGGACAAGUGCUCUCACAUCAAUAUCAUAUGCCUUUAUUGACGUUACAAUGAAAGAUAGACAUACAAGGGGAGGCUAUGUAACAGAAGGUUAUAAUUUGCAAUAAUCAUACAGCAAUAUGCCAUUAGUUUAUUAAGUAUCUAUUUUAUUUUCAUAUUUUAAUCUGAAAUAAAGGUUGGUUAUCUUCUAAGAAAGACAUUAUGUUUAGACAGGAAAAGAAUGUUUACAGAGGAAAAUGUGAUUAUUAUGGUUUUAUCAAAUUAAUUUAUAACCUUAAAAUGUAUCUUAUGCUUUAAUUAUAGUGAAUUAUACUAUUUAAAAUGUUAUCAUAGGUUGGGGCAAUAUUACCUGAAUUCAUAUCAUUAUUAUUAAUUGAUUAUUUAAUCUUGAUUUUAAAAGUCAUUUAAAUUUUUAUUACUCUCAUACUUCCAGAGGAGGUUUGUACUGUGAAUAUGCUCAACUAUUAAAGCUGGAAUAUUUUUCUAA